UGGGUUUUUGGUUGCAUCUGCAUUGCCAAUCCCAGGAUUCAACAGGAUGGGACCAUGGCAGUUAAAGUGAAAUAAUAGUGCUAUAAUUGCACAAUGUGAAUGGGCCCCAGAUGUGGUUGUGGUGGAGAUGAGCAACAGCCUAUGCCAGCCCUCACUCUUUUAUCACCUAGGGGUUCGUGAGAGCUUCAGCAUGACCAACAACAUCCUCCUUUGCUGUUAUACGGAUCUCCCAGAGUUCCAGGCCCUCCGGGAAGAGAUCUUCCAGAAGAAUUCAGACUGCAAUGGCAGCUAUACCUUCAUUCCCUAUGUGGUGACAGCCCAGAACAAGGUCUUCUGCUGUGACGCCACCACAAUGAUGUGCCUGAGUGAACUUUACCAACCCAACUUCAACAGGGAGGCCUUCCUUACUCCAUUGACCGGGCAGCUUGCAAGGCUGCUUGAGGGCACCUCUACCAGCUCCUGCGGCUACAUCCGGGAAAUGAUCCGGAGAGACAUUCGCAGGGCUCGCGAACGGUACAGUGGGGAGCAGCUAAGCCGUGAGCUGACAAGCAUCCAGCAACGCCUGGACAGCGUGGAGUGCCUGAGCCUGGACAUUGUCAUGAACUUCCUCCUAUCCUACCGUGAUGCUCAGGAUUGUGAUGCCAUCAUCACCCUGGUGGAAACUUUGCAAGCCCUGCCAACUUGCAACAUUGCUGAGCAGCACAAUAUCUGCUUCCACUACGCCUUUGCUCUCGACAGACGGAACCAGCCCGGCGACCGUGAGAAGGCUCUUUCUGUUCUUCUGCCUUUGGUGGAGAGACCUGAAGGGGCUGCUCCUGACUUGUACUGCAUGUGUGGCCGCAUCUACAAGGAUAUGUUCAUUGAUUCAAGUUUCUCUGAUGCCGAGAAGAGAGACCAAGCCUUCUAUUGGUACCACAAAGCCUUUUUAACUGAGCCAAGCCUUCAUGCUGGAAUUAACUCAGUUGUCUUCCUCAUUGCGGCUGGACACAAGUUUGAAACCUCUCCACAGCUUCGGCAGAUUGGUAUGAAGUUGAGCUGUGUCUUGGGCCGGAAGGGCUGCUUGGAAAAGAUGCAACAUUACUGGGAUGUGGGUUUUUACCUGGGUGCAAGUAUCUUGACCGGCGACAUGGACAAAAUCAUCCAGGCCUCAGAGAAACUCUACAAGUUCAAUGCCCCAGUCUGGUACUUGACUUCCAUCAAGGAAACCUAUACAAUCUACAGUCACUUCACUGCUCCCCCGGACACAUGGUCACCCAAACAGGAGCUGGUUGAUUUUUGGCUGGGUUUUGUGAUGGAGUGCUGCCAGCCUUUUGUCUCUACAGAGCAGUGUCUGGUGUUGAUCCUAGAGCUGGGUCGAAUGUUGCAACCAUCACGACUCUGUGUCUGCAACCAAGAGACAAAAAAAUCUGUGACCCUGAGCCAUAUCUGCUCCUUGGAGGAGGAAGAAAUUUCUACUUGGACAUUUACAGUAUCCUCCAUUCGUGGAAUCAGUAUUUCCAAAUGUGAUGAACGGUGCUGCUUUCUCUAUGUGCUGCACACAGCUGAAGACUUCCAGCUCUAUUUCCCUACCCAGUACCAUUGCCACUGGUUUUGCAAUCUCAUCCGUUCAUUCAUGGCAGAGAUGGGAGAGGAAGGAGAUAGCUGCAGCCCUCCAGAGGACCUAGAGUAUGACUAUGAAUACACAGAAGCAGGUGACAGGGUGAUUCUUGGUAAAGGCACCUAUGGGGUGGUCUAUGCUGGGCGAGACCUCAACAAUCAAGUGCGCAUCGCCAUUAAGGAGAUCCUGGAGCGAGACAGCAGAUACUCGCAGCCCCUGCAUGAAGAGAUUGCUCUCCACAAGCGUCUGAAACACAAGAACAUUGUCCGCUAUUUGGGCUCAGUCAGUCAAGAUGGCUACCUCAAGAUCUUUAUGGAAGAGGUACCUGGUGGGAGUCUCUCAUCUCUUCUGCGUUCCAUGUGGGGUCCACUUAAGGACAAUGAGCCUACCAUUGUUUAUUACACCAAGCAAAUCCUAGAAGGGCUGCGUUACUUGCAUGACAAUCAGAUCGUCCAUAGGGAUAUCAAGGGAGAUAAUGUCUUGAUCAACACAUACAAUGGAGUAUUAAAAAUUUCUGACUUUGGCACUUCCAAGAGGUUGGCAGGCAUCAGUCCCAGUGCAGAGACUUUCACAGGCACUCUGCAAUACAUGGCCCCAGAAGUCAUUGAUCAGGGACCCCGUGGCUAUGGCAAGCCAGCUGACAUCUGGUCCUUGGGCUGCACCAUCAUUGAGAUGGCUACAGGCAACCCUCCUUUCUUUGAGUUGGGCAGCCCACAAGCUGCCAUGUUCAAGGUAGGCAUGUUCAAAAUCCACCCUGAGGUGCCCAGUUCCAUGUCUGAUGAAGCCAAAGCCUUUAUUCUGAGUUGUUUUGAAGCUGAUCCAGACAAGCGGGCAACUGCUGCUGCCUUGCUUCAAGAACCCUUUCUGAAGUUACCCAAUAGGAAGAAAGCUAGGAGCCCAGUAAUGAUAGAUGAAUUGUCAGCUUCAAAUGCACCUGAAAGAUCUUCUGCAGAUGAUGCUGGUGAGUCCAGGAGCCGUUCCUCAUCCUUGCAGUCCUUGAAGGCACAGACAGAGAACAUCCUCCUUACUCGGAGCUCUAGUGAGGUGGCCCAAAGAACCAGCUACCUAAGGGUUCCCGAGGAACUGGGCAAUUUUGACCUCAGCCUUUCCUCCUCCUCCCACGAGGAGAGUGGCUGUUUGUUCUUGCUGAAGAAGGACAGCGAGCGGAGAGUCACGCUCUACAAAGUCCUGACAGAGGAACUGCCCAGUAUUGCAGCUGCAAUACACAAGGCUCAGGAGGAGAGCCCCCUCUCAUUGGAGCACAUCUCACAGCUGGUAUCCUGCCUCAAGAGCUACAUUCGCUCACCCAGCCGCAAACAGCUGGCACAGGACCUGCUCCAACUCCAGGCCAACUUGCAGGUGGAUGGGCUGGGCCUUUGUUGGGUCCAAGCGCCACUCUUCACUUUCCAAGACACGGUAAAGCAAGCACUAAGGAAGCUUCAAAUCAAACCUCACUGGGUGUUUGCUCUGGAUAACCUUAUGGGGCAAGCGGUUCAAGCAGCCUUUACCAUCCUCUUGACAGAACUGAAGGUGAAGCCACAGCUUUCACAAAGGCCAGGCUGCCUCAAACCCUUGCACAGUUCAGAGGAAGAUGCUGAGGACAUUUUGACCCAAGAGUCAUCAUCUUUGCCAACAGAGAACACCCUUAAAGGCAGUGUGGACACGCCAAGUUCUGGAAUUGGUACCACUACAAGCAGCUGGUUGGACUCCAAGCAUUUGCUGAAGGACCAUUUGCCCCUCAUGGUCCAGUUUAACCAAAUGCAGGCAGAGACAAGGAGGCUGCAGUGGAAACUGAUGGAGAAGGAGCGUGAAUGCCAGCAACUCCUGCAAGAAGCACUGCAAGCUAUGGAACAGGAUGCCUCCACUCUCAGAAGUCCAAAGCCAACAGACAUCUCUACUUUUUCCUGGGAGAGGGAAAUAGAAGAUGUAGAUCCUGAUCUCGCUGAGUGGUUAGAAAAACAAGGAGUGGACAAAACUACAAUUGCAGAGCUCUCGUGCCAUGGCUUUACCCUGCCAAUCCUGUUGAACUGUGCUACAGUUGAUGACCUCCGGUACACCUGCAUCAGAGGGGGAAUGGUGUGCCGCAUCUGGAGAGCCAUCUUAAACCAUCGAGAAGUCCUUGGCCGACAUACAACAUAAAGCCAGAGAAGCCCCUAAUUAUUUGCAAGAUGACAGUGUCCUACAUAAUCUCUUGCCAGC